AUGGCGCCGGAAAACACCAAACUUGUUCCCUCCUAUAGUCAGAUAGCCUGCAUUGGCGCUGGAAUUAGUGGGAUCGCAUUAGGCGCCACGCUGAAACGAUGGUAUCGGAUGGACGACAUCCGGAUAUUCGAACGACACAGCGAUUGCGGUGGCACUUGGCAUAUUAGCUCCUAUCCUGGCUGCGCGUGCGAUGUCCCUAGCGCGCUUUAUAGCUACUCGUUUGCACAGAACCCAGCAUGGACGAAGCGGAUGCCUUCGUACAAUGAAAUCAAGGCCUACCAACAGGCGGUGGCAGACACGUAUGGACUGCGUGGAAAAAUGACUUUCCGCACUGAAGUCAAAGAGUGCUAUUGGCGGGACGAUGCUUCUCGUUGGCUCAUGAAGUUGCGCAACGUCGACACCGACGAGAUCUCUUACCAUGAAUGCCAGAUUCUCUUUGGCGCGACGGGCGUCCUAGUCGAGCCUCGCGAUUGCGACAUCCCCGGGGCAUCGACAUUCAAAGGCGCGCUCUUCCACACGGCAAGGUGGAACCACGACGUUAGCCUGGACGGGAAGAAGGUCGUUGUCAUUGGGAAUGGAUGUACUGCAGCGCAGGUCGUACCCGCUAUUAUGAAGCAAAGCGGCUCAGUAACGCAAAUUAUUCGCAGUAAGCAUUGGAUUGCUGAAACAACUAACUUGCCAUACACCCCUGCUGUGGUAUGGGCUUUCAAAAACAUUCCUUUCCUCCAGACGCUUCAUCGUUUCGCUAUAUACCAGGCCGCCGAGGCAGACUGGCAGCUGUUCCCCAUGACCAAAUCCGCUGCCAGAUAUCGGCAAAAGCGACGCGAACAGAUUGAGACCUAUAUGCGCAAAACAGCACCGGCUAAAUACCAUGACCUCCUCAUUCCCGAUUUUGAAGUCGGCUGCAAGCGCCGUAUCUUUGAUUGCGGGUACCUGGACUCUUUACACAACGAGAAGUUCCUCCUUACGGACGCGAAGAUCCUCGAGAUUGUUCCCGAAGGCUUACAAACCUCAAACGGACUAGUUGAGGCGGAUGUCAUUGUUCUCGCAACUGGCUUCAACACGAACACUUUCCUGCCAGGCAUGCAAGUAUACGGUCGGAACGGCAAGACCGUCGAUGAACACUGGGGCCGCCAGGAUGGCCCUGGAGCAUACAAUACUUCAGCGAUGAAUGGAUUCCCCAACUUCUUUCUCCUGCUCGGCCCGAACUCAUUAACGGGGCAUUCGUCGGCCUUAAUGGCUGCUGAGAACUCGGUCAACUACGCACUCCGUGUUCUGAAGCCCGUUCUCGAUGGCACCGCGUCAGCAGUCGAGGUCAAGGCCGAUGCUGAGGAUGCAUAUAUCAAAAAGCUUCAAGCCGCCGCCCGGAAUACCGUCUGGGUAGCUGGAUGCCACUCGUGGUAUGUUAAUGAGAAGAGAUGGAACGCUAUGGCCUACCCCUGGACACAGGCGCACUUUUGGUAUAGAAGUCUGUUUCCGGUUUGGGAGGACUGGAAUAUUAAAUGGGUUCAGAAACCAGCCAGAUGGAACUGGACGUGGUUGCUUAUGGCACCCAUCCUCCUCGUCGGCUUUGGUGUCUACUACCGUGCGGCUGCUCUGAGCAGUCUAUCGUGCUUCACGGGAGUUGCGAGCGGCUUGAGACAGAGAAUUGGGGUGUAG